AUGUCCAAUAUUGAAGAACUCAACGUCCCUUUUGAUCCGUUUGCCGAUGUUGAUGAUGAUAGAGCACAAGAGGCUAACAACAACAUCCAUUUGCGCAUUCAGCAGCGGAACGGUAAGAAGACGUUGACCACUCUUCAAGGACUUCCAAAAGAGUAUGACGCUAAAAAGAUCCUCAAGACCUUUAAAAAGGUGUUUGCUUGCAGUGGCAAAAUCUUUCCUGAUGAAGAAUUGGGCGACAUUCUCCAGCUCUCCGGUGAUCAGCGAUUAAAGAUUGCCGAAUUCUUGGUGAAUGAAAAGAUCGCUAAAAAAGUAGACAUUAAAGUACAUGGCUUCUGA